UUGAAUCAAAUCAAAAAUUAUGGCAAGAAAUAAAUAACAUAACUAAUAAUCAUUUAUCAUAUGUAAAUAAUUCAAUUAUUCAAAAUAUAAAUUCAUUGAAAACAAUUCAAAAAUCUGAAACAAGGGAUGGGAUUAAAGAUUUGGAGAGAGACAUUAGAUCUUCAAAGAAUUUAGUAUUUAAACUUGACCAAUCAAUCAUACCAACAGUUAAGGUGACAGAAGAUGAAUUAUUAGAAACUAGAUAUGUUGUAUCAGAGAUUAAAAAAUCAUGA